AUGGUCGUGUCGCCUCUUGUGGUGACUAAUCAUUCACUCCAAACGUCUACCACCACCGGGUCCGUGCCAUUCAUGGUCGUGUCGCCUCUUGUGGUGACUAAUCAUUCACUCCAAACGUCUACCACCUCUGGUACCGUGCCAUUCAUGGUCGUGUCGCCUCUUGUGGUGACUAAUCAUUCACUCCAAACAUCUACCACCACCGGGUCCGUGCCAUUCAUGGUCGUGUCACCUCUUGUGGUGACUAAUCAUUCACUCCAAACGUCUACCACCUCUGGUACCGUGCCAUUCAUGGUCGUGUCGCCUCUUGUGGUGACUAAUCAUUCACUCCAAACGUCUACCACCUCUGGUACCGUGCCAUUCAUGGUCGUGUCGCCUCUUGUGGUGACUAAUCAUUCACUCCAAACGUCUACCACCUCUGGUACCGUGCCAUUCAUGGUCGUGUCGCCUCUUGUGGUGACUAAUCAUUCACUCCAUACGUCUACCACCUCUGGUACCGUGCCAUUCAUGGUCGUGUCGCCUCUUGUGGUGACUAAUCAUUCACUCCAAACGUCUACCACCUCUGGUACCGUGCCAUUCAUGGUCGUGUCACCUCUCGUGGUGGGUUCAAUACCGUGCUAA